AUGUACUGUGUCGACCAAAACGCCAUCGCCUACCAGAACACAGCAGCAGAGGCAGCAUGGGCCACAGGCCCUGCCAGCGCGUGCCUGGUGCUGGACAAUCCGAGCAGUGACGCCCCGCCUACCCCAAUUGAUUACGGCAUCUUCACCAACGCUGUUCCCCUCGUGGUGGAAGGGGCGUUUCUCUCCAAGUACAUCUACUCCUUCUUCUGGGGCUUCCAGCAAGUGAGCACGCUAGCAGGCAACCUGGAGCCGUCUAGGUGGGAUCCCGAGGUGCUCUUUGUCAUCCUCGUUAUAGGGCUGGGGCUCGUGCUGCUCGCACUGCUUAUUGGCAACAUCUCCAACUUUCUACAAGCGCUCAGUAGAAGGUCCUUUGAGUACCAGUUGCAGCGCCAUGACAUUGACUCGUGGAUGGAGAGACGCAACCUGCCUCUCAGCCUCCAAAAGCGAGUGCAGAAGCAGCAGCGGCUGCACUGGGUGGCGACGAGGGGAGUGGAGGAGGCGGAGGUGUUGGAUAAGCUCUCAGACGACAUUCAGACGGACGUGCGCCGCAGCCUGUGCCUCGAGCUGCUGCAAUGCUCGGCGCUGUUUUUCGCCAUGGAGCCUCAGGUUCUAGACGCCUUCUGUGAGAAGCUGCGGCAGCAGCUGUACAUAGAGGGCACGGUGAUCCUCAAGGAGGGGUACCCCGUGUCGCGCCUCUUCUUUGUGCUGCGCGGCCAGCUCGAGAGCUACACCACCAUCGGGGGGCGCGCGGGGUUUGUGGACAGCGUGCUGCUGGGGAAGGGGGACUUCCUGGGCGAGGAGCUGCUGGUGGAAUACCUCGAGAAGCUGUCGGACGGCAACAAGAGCCGGCGGUCAGGCACCCAGAUUCGCUACCUGGGCCGAUCAUGGAGGAGGUUUGUGGACAGCGUGCUGCUGGGGAAGGGGGACUUCCUGGGGGAAGAGCUUCUGGUGGAGUGUCUUGAGAAGCUGUCGGAUCAUGAUAAGAGCCGGCGCUCAGGCACCCAGAUUCGCUACCUGGGCCGAUCGGUGACAAUGGGUGCGAGUGCUUCAGCGUCAGCAGCAGCGCUGGGCACGUUGGCGAUCGACGUGCUGCCAACAGCGCAGCGCACGGUGCGGUGCAUCGGGCCCGUGGAGGGUCGACUCAAGGUGACUUUUGAGUCGACUCAAAAGUCACCCCAUUCCUCCCCCUCUCUCCUGCGUCUCUCGCUCCCCCUCCCUCUCCGCCUCCCUCUCCCCAUCGCGCAUGCAGCUGUGACCAUGGGAGCAUCAGCAUCGGCGUCAGCAGCAGCGCUGGGCACGUUGGCGAUCGACGUGCUGCCGACAGCGCAGCGCACGGUGCGGUGCAUCGGGCCCGUGGAGGGCUACGAGCUUGAAGCCACAGACGUGGCUGUGGUGUGCCGGCAGUUCGCCCGCAUGCUCGCCACCAGCAAGAUCCAGGCGGCUCUCAAGUGA